AUGUCGCUCAUGGUUAGAGGUGUGCAUCUGGCAGAGUACGCCGUCUUCGGAAUCCUGAUGGGUGCCAACCUGGCCGUCGGCUUUUACUUCGCCCUGAAUCGUCGCAGCCGUCGCAUGAACACCGACGAAGCGUUCCUGGGAAGUCGUACCUUAGGAAUUGUCCCGUUGUCCUUAUCCAUCUUGGCCACGCAAGUGUCAGCCAUCGGCGUCGUCGGGUUCACGGCUCACUUCUACACGUACGGUCUGCACUUGGUAUGGUCCCUGGUACCCCUGCUGUUCCUGGUGCCAGUCAUCUCGAGGAUCGUGGUUCCAGUCUUCUACAACUUGAAGAUCACUUCUGUGUUUGAGUAUCUUCGUUUGCGAUUUGGCAACAAAAUGGGAAUCAUUGCGUGCCUCAUCAACUUUGUCAUUAGUAUGGUGCUAGGAGCAGUGAGUACUUUUGUUGCCGGAGUGGCCAUCUCAACAGCUUUCCACUUUCCAUCGUUCUGGAGUAUCCUUGCUACCGGCACUGCCUGCACAAUCUAUACGGCUUUCGGAGGCUUCCGCGGAGUCAUCUGGACAGACACGAUGCAAGCUAUCCUCAUUCUCGUUUGUCCUCUAACCGUUGUCAUCAAGAUCAUCUACGACUCCUCCUAUGGUCCUGAUGCGAAUCUUCGUCGACCUAUAGACGACGUCGAUAUCCAGCCGUACUUUCUCGAGGCCAGCCUUGAUCUGACCAAGGAGGAAAACGCCUGGGCUUGCAUCUUUGGCUCCAUCGCUCCCAGCAUGUACCGUAUGGGCGUGGGGCAGAUGAUUGUGCAGCGGUACGCAGCAGCCAAGUCUCUCCAGGAGGCCCAAAGCACGGUGUAUUUGGGCAGCACUCUGUUCUUCGUGUCCUUCGCGCUCCUGAGCGUGGUGGGCAUGUCGCUCAUCUACUGGUACAGAGACUGCGACCCCUUCCUUCUUGGUGCCAUAAGCAGAGUCGACCAGCUGGUUCCAUACUACGUUGGAACGAGGCUUUCGGGCUUCCCUGGCUUUUCCGGACUCUUUCUGACUGGCGUCGUUAGCGCUACCCUCAGCACGGUCUCUUCAGCCAUCAACUCGUUGGCAGCCACUUUUUACAUCGACGUUUUGUUGCCAUACCUGUCAUUCAGCGAGGACCAAGCCAACAUUGUCACCAAGGCACUAGCAUUUGGGUUUGGAGCAUCCAUGACACUCCUUGCGAUCAUCGUUCCUUACCUGGACUCGGCAGUAAGGCUGUUUACCAUCCUCCAAAGCAGCGCUGCGGGCCCCUUUGUCGGACUUUAUAUCCUGGCGCUGGCGUUUCCAUGGGCCAACAGUAAGGGCGCGGUGACUUCAACGAUUCUGGUCUUGGCGCUGCAACUCUGGGCCUUGACCGGAAAAUUCAGCAACGGCCCGAGGCCGCCGAAGAUGGCCGUCACACUGGACAGCUGCCCGGCGAAUUUCACUUUGGCGGACGGCAACGCCACUCUGGCUUGGACGACGGACGACCAAAGGGGCGAAAAUGUUUUUCCGCUCUAUAUGCUGUCCGCCUACUGGGGAGGAUUCUUCAGCAUGGUUGUGACCGUUGUUGUCGGACUUUUAAUAAGCGUGAUGACUGGUGGAGGACAACAAGCGGGCAGGCACAUCGGUUUUACCAGCGAUGUCUUCAUUUGGUUCUGGAAGAGACUGAAGCUCCUUCCUGAUUCCGAUGCAAAUUCAAACUCGGAGGAAGGCAAGACCGGGACAGUACAACUCAACGACAUCAUAGACAUCAGCUCUAACUGGUAG